AAUAUUGGAACGCAGAGGGCGCUGACCCGUCCCUGAAAAUUCUACAUGGUGGCGCUCCAAAAAAUCUGUACUUUCAAUUUCGCUGUUGUAUCCAAGUGCUUUUGAAAAUGCUGUUCAAAAUGUACUUUAUCUUUGACACUAUUUCAUCUAGAGAGUUCCUUUCGCUAUGGAAUCCCAGCAGGAAAUGUCUUCCCCAUCUACACAGUCAACCACCGUAAAUCUUAACGACCUACAAAGUUACCUCGUAACCUUCAACAAAGAAAUCGAGUCAAGCGACCAAAAUACAUUUGAGUUCAAAACUGUGCCAGCUGGAACAAGUAUAGGAGACGACAAACCAAAGGCUGAAAAAAAUGAAGAAACAGGAGGAACAUCUGCAUGCAGAGUUGAGGAUAUUGCUGAGGCCGAUAAAGUAGUGGACAUAGGAGCUCUGUCUGUUUUAGGACAGAUACAGGAUGAGGACAGUCCUCAAGAUCUACAAGGAGUGGAUCAAACUAAUGGCAUGGUCCAGGUUCAGGUACCUAUGUCUGAGGUAGGAAAUUCCAGCAUGAUUCAAGUGAUCUCUAUCAAUGGUAAAACCAGCUAUCAGCUGGUCACUGGGAACUCCAGCUCCACCUCUCUAACCUCGUCUUCUUCCACAGAAUCACAGGCCAUCUUAUCAGGUGAUGACAAGUCGGGAGCAGAAGCAGUGUUAGCCUCCGUGUCCAGUCCUUGUCAAAUUACAAACCAGUCCACAUUACAGAUGGAGACAGGAGAUAUAGCAGGAGCACAGUUAGUUGCUUUGCAGAAUUCUGCAGACAGUUCCCAGCCUCAGCUAGUGGCCGUACAGAGUGAUGAGCUACCUCCAGAGGCAGUAGAAGCUUCCCAGAUGCUCAUACCAAACAUUGCAGGGGGAGAAAAACUACCUAUGGUCACCCUCAUGCCUCCAGAUGGAAGUCAGGGAGAGCCCAUGAAUUACUUCCUGAUUGUGACAAACAAUGGGGAGAAGGAUGGAACAGGUUUAAAACCAGUAACAUUGGAUAUGAGGUCGCUGAGUGAGUUGAAGACUGAGAAAGAUGAUGCAGUGGAGGAAUUAAUUGAUGAAGAUGGGAAUGUCAGAAGAGUUAUUGAAAUUGCUCCCAAGUUUGACAUGCAUGGAACUCAUACAACUCUGUUGCAAUGCAGAUACUGUGAUUAUACCAGUCCUAAACGCUACUUGCUGAUGAGACAUAUGAAAAGCCACUCAGAAGAUAAACCACAUAAAUGCAAUAUUUGUGAUAGAGGAUUCAAAACCAUGGCCUCUUUGCAGAACCAUGUCAACACACAUACUGGGACUCGUCCACAUAAAUGUAAGGAAUGUGAGUCAGCUUUUACCACCUCUGGAGAGCUUGUUAGACACAUCAGAUACAAGCAUACGUUUGAAAAACCUCACAAAUGUACCGAGUGUGAGUAUGCUAGUGUCGAGCUGAGUAAACUCAAAAGACACAUGAGAUCCCACACUGGAGAAAGGCCCUAUCAGUGCAUGCAUUGUAAUUAUGCCAGCCCCGACACGUACAAACUCAAACGGCACUUACGCAUCCACACAGGUGAGAAGCCUUACGUCUGUGAUAUCUGUCAGGCACGCUUUACACAGAGUAACAGUCUGAAGGCACACAAGCUGAUUCACUCGGGAAACAAGCCCGUGUUUCAGUGCGAGCUGUGUCCCACCACUUGUGGAAGACGGACAGAUCUAAAAAUACACAUGAUGAAACUCCACACCAGCUCCACCCCACUACAGUGUAAAAAAUGUUCUGAGACCUUCCCUGAUAGAUACUCCUGUAAGAUUCACAUGAAGAGCCAUGAGGGGGAGCGCUGUUUUAAGUGUGAGCAGUGUGACUAUGCUGCCAUGUCCUUACGUCAUUUAGAGGCACACAUUUUAACACACACAGGAGAGAAACCCUUUGAAUGUGAUGAGUGUGAUGCCACUUUUCGACAGAAACAGCUACUUAAACGCCACAAAGGCCUUUACCACACUGAUGAAGCUAGCUUAGGAUCACCAACAAAGGAGGGCAGAUUGAUUAUUGCAAAAGGAAAUACUGAUGAGAAUAGGCCAAAGUCAGAUAGCAUGGAAUCCUCUUUAUCCAGUGAUCAACUUAUCCAUGGAAGUCUGCUCACAGAUCUGAAGGCUGGUCGCCUCGGGAACAUGCCCAAAGUCGUGAUCGUACAUCCGGAUGGCAGCGUGGAGGAGGUGACUACUAAGCUCCACAGUCUGGCUCAAGACAAGUCCAUGGAGGAGGUCAUGGUGGCCAACAACGAUAUCACCAAGGAUAAAGCAAUGGAGGAAGCCAUGAUGCAUAUUGUAGGCGAUGAGACUCAGGAAUCAGAAAAUUCCAAGUCAGCUGUCCCAGAUGAUUACACAUUUACUGUGGCACAAACAGGGGACCGGGAGCUAGAUGGAGCCCCCAUUCAAACCUACACCAUGAUUUCAAAUGGAUCUCAAAUUCUGAGAGAUGAAGGUACACAGGCGACCUUGGAGACAGACAGUGAACAAAGUAAUGAAUCUCAGAAUAACAUAGCCACCCUCAUCAGCAGCCAGACAAUUCAGAAGACUGCCGACACAAUUCUAGUCAGGAGCAAUACAGAUAGUAUUCCAGCUCUCCAAGAUGAAGUCGGCAUGAAAAUCGACUUGCCAACAACCCUAGAUGUGAAUGGUGAAGCCCUGACCUUCUAUACUAGUCCUUCCAUCAUCACAGCACAGGGGCUGAGUUUAGAAACACUGGACAGUUGUAAAAAGAGAAAAGAACUGGAGGACCUGGGUACAGAAGCCCAGAAUAAAAAGCUUUGUACAGAAGAAGGGGCAAAGAAUUAAAAAACUUUUAUGUUGAUAUGUUAUUAUAUUUGUGAUAGUAUCAUGUUUACUUUGGUGAAAGAUAUAAGGAAUUGGAAUGUUUUUGAAAAUUGAUUAUCUUUACAAAAUAUGCACUAAUUAA